CCCCCCAGUGGGGCAAUGGAUCUUCUCUACCUCAGAUCUUCUGGAAAAGACCCUCACUAUUGAUUAACCCUGACAUUUCACAUUUGACAUUUACCACUGCAGACUUACUAUUAUUGUAAAAACUCUUUAUCAAUGCCUUAUUUAUAACUGCAUGCAGAUGACUUACAAACUGUUGCUACUGGCUUACUAGAGAGUGAGAAAUCCAUGACUCUUUGUAAUAACCUCAAUACCAUGUAUACCUGCAGAAAUUCUGGUUUAUUCGCCCUCUAUUAAUGAUUUAUUAUCAUCUCUAACUGCAGACUCGAAGGCUUAUUAGAAAGUAAGAAGAAAUUGAAUGUUAAGCAUUAAUAAAUAUUACUGACGAUUUAUAAACCCUUGGUAAAGGGUGACUUAUGUGAAAAUGUCACCAAUAUCAGUCAGGCUUAAAUGAGAUUGCACUGUCCCCGUUGUUCGACAAAUAAAGUUUUUUUCAAACCACGUGACCAAUUCUGUAAUGGCUGCGCCCGCGUGUCGUGCGUGGUUGUCAACAGUUGUAAUCAUAUUCUGAUAUUUCAAGAAAAAGCCAAGGAAAAUGAAGACAAAGAAGAUGAAACCGCACCACAGGCGUCUGUCCACUGGGCUGCAGAAACAAGCCAAACGGAGCAUCCACGUGAAAGGCAAAUGGAAAGCCAUAGAGCUUGAUCCCAGUCUCUUCUCCGAGGAGGGCUUGGAGGGUCUGGUGUGCUUUGAGGAGCUGACAAAUUACCGUCUGAUAGACUCUGAAAAGGCUGCGGCCAAAGCAGCAAAAGAACUAAAAAAGGAGAAGAAGAGGAAGGUAAAGAAAAGAAAAGCCAGCGAGGAAGAGGAAGGUGGAGGGGAUCCUGAUGUGGCGAGCAAAGUGGGGGAGGAAACGGCUGAACCGGCCAAGAAAAAAGCCAAAAGGAAGAAGAAGAAAAAACAGCCAGCCGAGGAAUCAGUGCAACAAGACAACGUUUCUACACAAGUGACAAAGAGGGAUUUAUCAGCUGCCAAUGAGGUGGGAGGAGAAGAUGAAACGGCAAAAGAAGACGCUUCAAAAGAUUCAGCUAUGGGCUCUGACCAUAAUGUCCAAUCAGAAAGUGCAAAGAAGAGCAACAAAAAGAAGAAAAAGAAACAGAAGCAGCAGAUAGAAAAGGAUACAGAGAAACAAUCGGGCGUGGAGCCUUCAUCAGAACUUCAGGCUCUUGAAAUAGAAAAACCCUCCCAAGACAAAGUGACAAAACCCCCUAAAAAGAAAGCAAAGAACUGGACAAAUGCAGCACUUUCUGGCUCUAAUGACAAAAAUACUGAUGUGGGUGCGUGGAAGGACCUGUUUGUUCCCUCUCCUGUGCUAGAGGCACUGAGCAGCCUUGGAUUUGGUUCACCCACACCGAUUCAAGCCCUGGCAUUACCUCCAGCUAUCAGGGAUCGUAUGGAUAUACUGGGGGCAGCUGAAACGGGAAGUGGUAAGACACUGGCUUUUGGCAUUCCCAUGAUCCAUACCAUCCUGGAGUGGAAAAAAGGCUCAGAUAAGCCUGAUGACAGCAGUGAACCUACCACAGAGGUGGAGAGUUUGUAUUUACCUACCGUAAAGUCAGAAAACGCAGCUGAAUCCGUAACAGAAGAGGACCAGGAGGAAAAUGUGGAGGCUGGAGAAGAAGAGGACCAAGGUGUUGAGGAUCAGGAGCAAGGUGACUCGGAUGAACAUGUCAGUGAGGAUGAUGAAGAUGAAAAGCUUGGAUGCGUUCGAGUACUCGAAAAUGCAGGGCUUGACUUUGACCCCAAUGCUGAAGCCGAGGAAAAACCUGCUGGUGGGCAGAGUCAGCCUCUGCUUGGACUGGUUCUCACUCCCACCAGGGAGCUGGCUGUUCAGGUGAAGCAUCACAUUGAUGCUGUCGCAAAAUUCACAGAUAUCAAAACAGCGAUAGUGGUAGGUGGAAUGGCACAACAGAAACAGAGGAGGAUGCUAAAGCGGAGGCCGGAGAUCAUUAUUGCUACUCCAGGACGUCUGUGGGACUUAAUCAAGGAGAGGCAUCCACAUCUGCUGAACCUCAGACAGCUCAGGUGCCUGGUCAUUGACGAAGCUGAUCGCAUGGUAGAAAGGGGCCACUUUGCAGAGCUGGAGAAUCUGCUGGAGAUGCUGAACACCGUGCACUUUAAUCCCAUGAGGCAAACCUUUGUGUUCUCUGCCACACUCACCAUGGCUCACAGCCUGCCCAACCGCCUCCUGCAGAAGAAGAAGAAGAAUUUGGACCAGAGGAACAAGCUGGAAAUUCUUAUGGAGAAAGUGGGGAUCAAGUCCAAACCCAAAAUCAUCGACCUCACCAGGAAGGAGGCAACAGUGGAGACGCUGACUGAGACACGGAUCCACUGUCAGAAAGAGGAGAAGGACUUCUACCUUUAUUACUUCUUGCUCCAGUACCCUGGCCGCACCAUGGUGUUUGCCAACAGCAUAGACUGUAUCAAGAGACUGAACUCCCUGCUGGUUAUCUUGGACUGCACUCCACUGCCUCUACAUGCCAACAUGCACCAGAAACAACGCCUCAAAAACCUGGAAAGAUUUGCUGAGAGGGAGAGUUGUGUUCUGCUGACUACUGAUGUAGCUGCAAGAGGACUGGAUAUCCCCGAUGUUCAACAUGUUAUUCACUACCAGGUUCCUAGGACAUCUGAGACUUACGUCCAUCGGAGUGGCAGAACCGCAAGAGCCACUAAAGAGGGUCUGAGUUUGCUGAUAAUAGGCCCAGACGACAUGAUGAACUUCAGAAAGAUUUACAAGACUCUUGGAAAGGAUGAGGAGCUUCCAAUGUUCCCCAUAGAGACCAAAUGCAUGGAAGCAAUUAAGGAGAGAGUAAACUUGGCCAGGAAGAUAGAAAAGAUUGAGUUCCACAACAGCAGGGAGAAGCAGCACAACUCCUGGUUCAGACAAGCAGCAGAGGCUCUUGAGGUGGACCUGGAUGAUGAUCUUUUGCUUGGCAGAGCAAGGGAUGAGGGGGCUGACAGAGAGCAGCAGAAGAUUGUAAAGGAGAUGAAAAAGCAUUUGAAGCGUUUGAUCUCCCAGCCCGUGUUCAAGAAUGUGAUAAAGACCAAGUACCCCACUCAAAUGGGAAAGCUCUCCCUGCCUCACAUGCCUCGCGCAGGGAUGGAAACUGCCCUAACCAGGGUUUCAAUACAGGAGAAGAAACAGAAGUUAAAGAAAAGUGUUCCACCACAGCGGAAGAAACAGAAGCAGAAGCAGAAGAAGGAAAAGCAGCAGCAGCAGUGACAAGUUAAUGGAAAUGUGUAUUUUAAA